GGUAGACAAAAUUUUAAGGGGUGUUUCUAGGGAUCAAAAUAAGACUUUAUUUUUCAAUAAUUAACGUUUAAAAAUUUGAGUAAAAAGCACCUGAAACCUGCAAUCCUGCCAGCACCGGUGACUGAACGUGUAUGCUACGUGUAGUUUUACCGUACACUGCUAGAUCGCACUAGCAGUACUGUUUUAAAAACGCUUAUUGUCAAUGACAUCAGAGAGGAAAUAGGGAAUAGAUCAAGUCCUCAAAAUAAAAAAUUAACAUAAUCUAGAAGACUUGUCUUCUAACACUUUAUUUUGAAAAAAAUUAGAGAAAUUCCAAAAAUAAAGUAAAAGGCACCCUUUCGUUUGCUAUAUUUAAAAAAAAAUGGUUUGAACUUUAGAAAAUUAACACGGAAAAGAAUUUGAAAAUAAAUUUAAAUCGUCCUCGUUUCACUGAAUAACGCUAAAAGUAGAAAUGAAGAUUUUUCCAUUUUCUUCUUUUUUCCUGAACCAGCGAACUCCAACGCGCAUUUGCGCGCAAGAAAUAAAACGAUACCGUCCGAAACAAAUGUUUCGUUUCCGAAACGUGUCCCGCCCUCGGCGUGUCAGGUGUCGAUUUGACUUCCAAAUAGGUCUCGAAGCGAGAUCACGUUCGGGACACCGGUUUUCAUGGUAGUCAGUCGUCUACUAGCAACGAAGGGAAUUUUAACGCGAUCACAUCCACCUAUUUCUUUCGUUUACCAACUUCCAUUCGGUAGUCGUGUUCGAUUCUCCCGCCUAACUUUCUGAUACGACCUCUCGAUACCAGUUACUCUUUAUUAGGUCUUUUUCUUUCUCCUUCUUCGUGCUGUUGCUACGUUUUAUCACGACUAAAAUAAAUGAUUCUCUUUCUUCGUGUUCCGAUAUCCGGAACAGUGUAAGAAAUGCCGAAGAAAUACAACGAGAAAGCCAGAUCAUUCUUCGUGUUUCUCUCGUCGAUAUAGAGCUACUUGAUAAGGUAGCUUGAAACAAUGGAAAACAAUCUUGCAAACGAGAGGAACGAGCUGUGGGCAAUUUAUUCUUGGUGGUCGUGUGUCCUUGCUUUAAAAAUGUUCUCUUUGAUCUGGUUCACUGGGCGUAUUCGAGUAGACAGACAGGUGAUCCACAGUGAAGAGGACCGAGUGUGGAUGAAAGAAUCAAAUACAAUUUUAUGCCCAACUGGAGGAGGUCACGAAGAUGUGGAUCGGAUUCGAAACGCUCAUCGUCAUGAUCUUGAAACUGUACUCCCUUAUCUCUUAAUUACACCGAUAUGGUUGAACACGUCACCCAUGUUUCCGAUAGCCAAAACUAUUCUGCACUGUUUCGCAAUACUCAGCAUAUCGUACACUCUGAUGCAUAUGGAAAUCGUAAACGUGCCUCGUUAUUGCAAAACAAUUCUAUUCGCUUUGGAAGUUUGUAUCUUGAUCUGCAUAUCUGCCAUGUCAGCAGUAUAUUAUUCGGAUGGGUUCUAAACUUUCUGAUAAUAAAUGUUCAUAUAGUACGAUGACUUCAAUAAAAAAUUGUAUCAGAAGGCACUGACAAUAUAUUUUUUUAUUGAAGCAAUAAUGUAAGAAAAAUAUAAAAAGAGAUCUCUGAUUGUGCAACGUUCAUUCAAGAAAUGAAUAUCCAUUUCUUCUGACGAUCUCGUAACUGCUUAUUAGAUAUUGAUGUAACCAUCAAUUUCAUGCUCUUGACCGAUUGCAACAUUAUUAAUAGCAGUAUAUAUAAUCGUGUCGAUAAACAAGCGAUAAAGAAGGAAGUCGUUUAUGCGAAACGAUCGUAAACGUGUCUAUCUAGUUAUUCAAUUUCCACUUUGCUAAAACUGAAUCUUGCAAAGUUUCAUUUGCAAUUCAUUCACGAAGACAUGCUGUGCGUUAUGAGAAUCUUCGAAGCACCCUGGGUGGUUUUAAAAUCAUAAUUACACAUGAAAGAAACCGCGAAAGAAAUUAAUUAUUCCCAUUAUUUCUCGCAGGCUUCAUAUGCAUGCGGUCUGCAUAACAGGUCCAAUGAUCAUAUCUCGCCCAAGUAUCGAAUGCAGACGUUGUCGUGGCCGUAUCUUCAUCAUCAUUGUAUUUAAUUGAUAAGUAUUUGAUAUCUAGAGAUUACGACGUGUCCGCCGUCUUCUAAGGUCAAUAGUCAGUUAUUAAGUUAAUUUCAAGUUCAAUUUGUAUAAAUUCGUAAUGCAAAGUACGUUAGUCGAGGAUUGACCAGCGUGGAUCGUGUCUUCUUCAUCCUCAAGUGAGUGCUAUUUCUUCUUAUUAAACUUUGAUUGCAAAAAGGGUCAUCAAUAUUCUUCAUCUUACACAAUCACUUUUUUCUUUACAAUUUAAAUAUUAUACAACUUGUAUAAAAAAAACAACUCUACCCAGUAAUUUAUUUAGAAUAAGAAAGGAAUAAUGUAUCCUUUUUUUUCUAUCGGAGGAAGAGAUGUUCCAUAGGAAGUCGAAAGUCCAAACGAAUGUUUACACUGUAUCUUUCCGCGAUUGCUUAAAAUGAUAAUGCAUUCAGAAACCGGUAUACGUCAAUCUCGGCGAAUAAAAACACGGAAAGAAGAAGAAGAAAUAAACUCGCGUAAAACGUGUUCGAUCAUUUAGAGACCUUGGCAUACAUUCAUCUUGACUAUAAGAAUACGAGUAAUAUACGUAUGCGAAUAAAAGUAGUAACAGA